ACAACUUGGGUUUUACCUUUGGUUUUCAGAGGAAGUAUUAUGAAUGUCAGGGGUAAGUCCUAUCUGGCAGGGAUUACUUAUCAGUGCCCAGACAGGAAGUGUAAUCCAUUAGUGGCAAGGAACUCAACCUACGCAUCCCUUCACAGGUGGUGGUGAUAGAAUUUUAACCAGGGACCUCCAACACAUCACUACUCUCUGAAUCAUCUACAAUAUGUUGCGGCAUCUUCUGUGUGCUCCAGAAUUUGGUGUCUUGGCAAAGCAGUAUCUAGAGCGAGGCCUUUUGGUACCGGAUAAUGUCAUCACCGGUGUCGUCAUGAUGGAGCUGGAGAAAAAGCAGUCUCAGCAUUGGAUACUUGAUGGUUUUCCCAGGACAUUAGUCCAAGCUGAAGCACUUGACAGAAUCUGUGAACUGGAUCUAGUGAUCAGUUUAAACAUCCCAUUUGAGACACUAAAAGACCGUCUGAGUGCUCGCUGGAUUCACCCCUCUAGUGGAAGAGUCUAUAAUAUGGAGUUCAACCCACCUCAUGUACAUGGGGUUGAUGACAUCACAGGUGAACCAUUAAUCCAACAGGAAGAUGAUAAACCUGAUGCUGUUGCUGCAAGGCUAAGAAAAUACAAAGAUGCUGCAAAACCAGUAAUAGAAUUAUAUAAGAACAGAGGUGUCCUACACUCAUUUUCUGGGACAGAGACCAACAAAAUCUGGCCUUAUGUUUACUCUUUGGUUUCCAGCAAGAUCCGGCCUGUCCAUUCCAAAGAAGCAAAUUAACCGUCUCAUGCAAUAGACCGAGAAUUUAAUAUGGUGGUUUAUUUGGUUUCUCUGUGCCAUUUUGGUGCUAUGUCCAAUUAGAGGAUAGUACAAUAUCUAGAACAACUUCCUUGCAUUUACUGGAGUUCACAGUUUUAGAAAUGCAAUUACAGCCACUGUUGGGGGAAAGAGGGAAAUAACUCUUUCUAUAAAAGGUGAAGUCUGCUGGAAUAAGAAAUUUUAGUUUUCAUGGUGUAAAGUAUUGCUAAUAUGGUCUGGGUACCCCAGCAGACCUAGAUAUCAGGUCUUUCUAAUCUUCCAUGGUCCCUUCCCACCUCGCCCCAAAUCCAUGUACCAUGUGCAAGGUGCUGCUGUUCCUUGCUCCACAUCACCCUUUUCCUAGAGAUAACUCAACAUGGCAACUUUUUAAAUUUUCUCUGAGAAAUAAAAACCCUAAGUGUGGACUUUAACCCCAUAGGGAAUCAGUGAGUAAUGUGGAAAAUAUUUACACUGCCAAGUUCAAAUGUGAAUACAACAUUUCCAGUAUUAAUAAACAUAGAAGAAAAAGAAAUCCUCGGGGUUAAAUAUAUACUUGUGCUAUCCUCCAAAAAAAUGCUGCUAUAUUAUCUAGUUUUCACCAAGUGUUAUGAUAUAUGCCAACCAGGUAAUGGAGUAGGCUUUGGUUUGUCUAUGAGAAAUGAGUUGCACUAUUUGUGAUUCGGUUGUUUAUAGCUUUAAUACUACAAGAUAUAGGCAUAGUAUAUUAGUUUGUCCCAAAGAUUUAUUCUAAUGUCUCUCUUUGGUAAUUUUCUCUGAAAAAAAAAUGAGUUCAUUGUAUAUCUUUUGCUGUCAUUAUAACUGAGGUACUUUCUUCUCUCAGUGUAAAAGGCCAUUCUAGGGGAAAUACCCUUGGCAGGAGAUAACUUUUUUCACAUAUGAUGGAACAUGUUAGGGUUUGGUCCUUCAGGUCUUAUUCAGACACAACUCUCCUUGAAAUCUGUGAGCAUUAUACAACCAGUUGGUUGUAUUUAAGCACUUCCUUUGUGAAUCAAAAGCAAACUCUUUGUUUAUUUCUUGUACGUUCCUUGAUAGGCAAAACUGACUCUGUUACUUUAUAUAUGCAGUGUUGUUGUAGCUGAGUUGGUCUCAGGUGAUUAGAGAAACAAGGGGGUGAGGCUAUAUCUUUUAUUGAAAGUUGGUCCAGUAAAAGAUAUUGUCUCAUCCGCCACCUUAUCUCUGUUACUUUAUACUCAGUCUAGUCUUAUGUGUGAGGCUAUGUAUAGAUAAGCAUGCAGCUAAUCUAAAAACACUGCCCAAUUUCUUGCCAGAAACCUUUCCAAGCACUGAAUAAAAAUACUGCAUUUUUCUAGAGGUGUCUCAAAGUUUAUAUAGGCUUUUUUUCUUUGUUCAGAUUUUUAGUUUCUGGUUACAGUUUAUGAAAUGGGAAAGCUUUACUGUGGUGCUUGUGUUUUUUGUUUUGUUUUUGUCCUCUGUUAACAUUAAUUUCCAGUUACAACUGCAGUGGCCUGAACACUUUGAACUACUAGUGAUUCUUUUUUUUAAAACUUGCGGGGGGAAAUGUAAGUACCUAGAUUGACAACAUUACAUGUAAAUGAAUCAUUGUGAAGAAACACCUUCAGGAUGUAUGAGCUUUUUUCCUCAGUUUUCUUUGUUCCUGUUUUCAUGUGUUGAGUCACAAAGGUAGGUACAGUGGUGGUUUUUCUAAACUGGAAUUACUGUAGAUUUGUUUGACUUGAUCUUUUAUACAGGCAGUCCCCGG